AUGGCCAUCUUCGAUCCGUUUAAGCUCCACCAUAAGCCGCCGUCGAUUUUUCCGGCAACAACUGUAAAACCAAGCCAUGUUCUUUCCCUCGUCGCUAAGUUCUUCUUCACCAUAUGCAUCUUCAUCUCCGUUGCUAUGAUCUCCUUCUACAUAAUCUUCUUCGGUUGCUCCGAUUGCCACCACAUCACCGGCCUCCGUCGCUUAGGUCCUGAAAAUGUAAACUUAACUACCAACUCCUCAGCCUCCUCCUCGACUAUCCGCCGGCCGAAUCAGUCCUCGGAGGCUACUGAUAUCUCCCACAUAGCUUUCGGGAUAGGUGGCUCCAUUCAAACGUGGAGAGAUCGCAGCCGCUACUCCGAGCUCUGGUGGCGUCCCAACGUCACACGCGGCUUCAUAUGGCUUGACGAAGAACCGCCUCUUAAUAUGACAUGGCUCUCAACUUCUCCACCGUACCAAGUCUCGGCGGAUACCUCCCGGUUCAGUUACACUUGCUGGUAUGGUUCAAGAUCAGCUAUACGAAUGGCGAGAAUUAUCAAAGAGACUUUUGAGCUAGGGUUAACGGACGUGAGAUGGUUCAUAAUGGGUGACGACGACACCGUUUUCUUUGUGGAUAAUCUUAUAACGGUUCUAAAUAAGUAUGAUCACAAUCAAAUGUAUUACAUCGGAGGAAAUUCCGAGAGUGUGGAACAAGACAUUGUUCACUCUUACGCCAUGGCUUACGGUGGUGGAGGAAUAGCAAUUAGCUAUCCAUUGGCCGUCGAGCUUGUAAAGUUACUCGAUGGUUGUAUUGAUCGUUACGCAUCGUUAUAUGGAUCUGAUCAAAAGAUUGAAGCUUGUUUAAGCGAGAUUGGAGUUCCCCUGACCAAGGAACUAGGGUUCCAUCAGGUUGACAUACGUGGCAAUCCAUACGGUUUACUAGCUGCCCAUCCGGUGGCUCCUCUGGUUACGCUCCACCAUCUCGACUAUGUUGAUCCAAUAUUUCCGGGGACGACUCAAAUAGACGCCUUAAGAAGACUCGUAUCGGCCUAUAAGACGGAUCCAAGCCGGAUCCUGCAGCACAGCUUCUGCCAUGACCAGACCCGUAAUUGGUAUGUGUCCGUUUCAUGGGGCUAUACCAUCCAAAUUUAUCCAACUUUGGUCACCGCUAAAGAGCUUGAGACGCCAUUUCUUACGUUCAAGUCGUGGCGGACUUCGAGCUCUGAGCCUUUCUCGUUUGAUACCCGACCCAUCAGUGAAGAUCCGUGCGAGAGACCCCUUGUCUAUUUCUUGGACCGGGUUUAUGAGGUCGGUUCGGGUCAGACGCUUACGACGUAUCGGAAACAUGUUGAAGUGGGCGAGAGUACACAAUGUAAUUCGCCUGAUUAUUCUCGUGCCAACCCGGUCGAGUUCAUCGACGUUUCAACUACUACGUUGACGCCGGAUCUUGGAAAAUGGUUAGCGCCACGUAGACAAUGUUGUGAAAUUGUCAACAGUGAAGAAGACUCAGAAAGCGUAAUCAAUGUCAAGAUACGGCAUUUUAAUCCUUUGGAAAGUGUAACUCCUCAGUCAAAGCAUCCGAACGACGAAUGGACCGACUCCAUUUUAUCUACAGAGACUAUAUAG